GUCACACCCGGAAGCAGGGGCCGGAGCGGAGCCGGCAGCUAUGAGCGGGGAGCCGGGGCAGACGUCCGUAGCGCCCCCUCCCGGGGAGGUCGAGCCUGGGAGUGGGGUCCGCAUCAUGGUGGAGUACUGUGAACCCUGCGGCUUCGAGGCGACCUACCUGGAGCUGGCCAGUGCUGUGAAGGAGCAGUAUCCGGGCAUCGAGAUCGAGUCGCGCCUGGGGGGCACAGGUGCCUUUGAGAUAGAGAUAAAUGGACAGCUGGUGUUCUCCAAGCUGGAGAAUGGAGGCUUUCCCUAUGAGAAAGAUGGAUCCAGAUGCCCUGGGCAGAAAGAAGAGGAUAUGAGUGAGAAGAGCGUGGGCUGGAUCCUACCUGCCUUCCAGGAGAUCAUUACUUGUGCUCCAACAUCCUUCCCCACCCUGGGGCUUGGUCCCGUUCCCUUCUUCUCCGCUGUAACUGCCCUCCCGCAAAUACUGCCUCCGGCUCUUGCCCCUCCCAUCGGAACUGCCGACCACACCCCUCCAGGCACCGCCCCCACCCUCUGGGGCCGCCCACCCCAGGACCUGGCGCUGACCUUGUAGACUGUGCCAAAAGCUCCAGAUCCAAGCACCUUCACCUUCCUCAGCUCCGUCUCUUUCAGGAUCCGCAUCUGCGCCUGGUUGGGCAUCGCUCCACUCGGUGUCAGUGGCUCCACCAGCUGGGGUGAGGGGGUGGUGGGUCAGUGCUGGGAGCCAGUGCAGACCCCACGCGGGCUGGCAGGCCUUCACCCCGCCUCACCUCCGUUUCCUGCAGUAGCCUCCGCAUCGUGUACUUCCGGAUCUUCUGCUGCCGUCGCUUGAUGAGGAUUCCAAAGACCACCCCCAAGACCACGACCAGUAGAAUGCCCACCACAGCAGAGAUGAUGGACGUCAGAGGGCUGGGGGCGGAGCCAGGGUCAGGGAUUGAGGGCUAAUUUGGGGUGGGAGGGACAAAGUGGGCCCACGGGGGACAUGAAGAAGGUGUUUGGCAUUCGGAAAGGGAAGUCGGAAGGGUGACCCACAGGCUUGGACCCUCUCCUACUCUAAACCUGCCUUGGCUCCCCACUGCCUCCACAAUAAAGUCCAAACUCCUUGUAGGCAA